UAGUUGCCUGAAGAAAGAGAGAAAUUCAGUAAUUCUCACACACAAAAAACCUCUUUGGCUCUCUCUCUAGUUUCUAUACCCUUCUUCUCCACAUCCACAACACCUCUCUCUCUCUCUCUCUGAUGUUUAGGGCUUUUCUUUUCAAGGUAGCAUAGGAGUUUCAGACUAGUAGUAGCUAGGUAAGAGAGAGAAAGAGAAGUGAGUAUAGGAAGCUAAGGAAGGUUUUGUUUUGGUUUUGAGUUCGUGCAAUGGCGACCGCACCAGUGAAGUCUCAGCCACUUCACAACUUCUCGCUCCCCUUCUUGAAAUGGGGAGGAAAGAGCCACACCAACAGCACAACCCGUUGCCGACGCACGGUUUCUCCUGCUUCGUCCGAACCCGACUCCGACUACCACCACGACUCGGACCCGCCGUCUAGGGUCGGAUCCCGGUCCGCUCGCAACCGAUUCGGAUUCUCUCCUUGCUCUUUCAACAACAACAACAACAACAGCAACAAGCAGGCGGCAGAGCAUUCGGGGGCCGAUGACGUGGCGGAUGUGGAAGCAGCGGCGGAGGCGGAGGAAGGGGUGCAGAAGCCGUGGAAGUUGAGGCCGAGGAAGGCGGUGCAGAGGAGCGCGAUGGUGGAGAUCGAGAGUACGACGACGGUGACUACGGUGCUUGCGAUUCCAGCUCCACAGGCGCAGAACGAGAAUCCGAAGUCGAUGAGGCUGAGAGGAGAUCAGUCGCAGAGUACGGAGACGAAGAAGAAGAAGGAGAAGAACAAGUUCUGGAUCGCACUCUCUAAGGAAGAAAUUGAGGAAGACGUUUUCAUCAUGACUGGCUCCCGCCCAGCUCGCCGCCCCAGAAAACGGCCCAAGAAUGUUCAGAAACAGCUCGACAGUGUUUUUCCGGGGUUGUGGCUGGUGGGGACCACGGCCGAUUCUUACCGGCUGGCCGAAGCUCCGGCGAAGAGGUAGAUAUGCUCACAGCUCAUGCUUGCUUACUUAAAUUCCUCAUACAAAGGGGUAGAUAUGACACAGACAGAAAAAAAAUUGUGAUUUUCUGAAAGCUUGGUAAGGUUAGAGAAAGAAAUUGCGCCUGCGAAGUUGACACCUCGAUUUGAGGUAUAAUGCCUUGAAUUUUGUAUAAAAAAAGGGAAAUGAAGAUGUCAAUAGAAGAAAAUGAACAAAGAAAAAGAAAAGAAAUGCCUAAUUUCUUUGCCUUUUUCUUUUCUCUAUUUUUAUAAAAGUUUUUAUUCUGUAUUUGGUGCAGGCUUUAGUUGGUAGUUUUAAGUUGUAAAACAUGAACAUAUAGUGGAAUGAAUAGCGUGAAUUUUAGUGCUUUUUUCUUAAAAA